CCAGAAGCAAAAGGCGUGGGCGAUUGCGCGGUUAACAGUGCCGGAAGUUUUGCGCAAGUUCUGAAGGCGCUUCAGUUAAGGCCUACUGCAAUUCCCUUCGGCCUCUGACCGUAAUUUAUUAAUUAGACAGCGAGCCGCUUUUCAUCUUUUUCUACAAGUUUUCCUUGUUUCGACGUCAGGUCAUCUGGCCCGAGAACAAGUAGCGGGCAGCUAGGAAGCCUUUUAGCUGCUCCGUUCUGAAUAUGUGGGUCAACCUUUUUUGACGCAUUCUUCUCGAGGCCGUGCGAGUGUUGUUUUUUGCAUCUGUCAGACCGCCGCGGCACCCCUGAACUAGGCUACUCAUGUAUUUUUAAGGGGAAGAGGGUAGCGGUGAGCGUUUGACGAGAUGGAAAAAACAACAUCCAUCAAGGGGAAAGCACGUCGGCAAAGAUGACCCUUUCUCACUGCAAGAUGGAAGUUGCUAUUUAGGUAAGCUCUAAUAAAAACCACACAAGAAGAUACAACCAAUGGCAAGACUGUCGCCCCUGUCAUUUUCAUCGAGAUCCCGGCGCCGUCAAGUACUUAGUGAGCUUCUCACGUUCAAGUUCUUCAUGUUCAUCUAACGUCGACAACAUGAUAGGCAUCGGUAUGUAUCGAUGUAUGAUAAUUUUCGUUUUGGUUUCAAGGUAUCUUCUUCAUCUUCAAUGCAUAGGGGCAAUAUACUGCUGUCGUGGCUUUCCAACGACUUACCUCUAUUUUUGUUGGACCACAAGAACACAGGCCUCCGCGCCUUGGUUCGUUUCUCAGUGGAAACACAAAGCCAGAAUCUUGAAUGCAAGCAAAUCCUGAUACUCUUGCCUGAGACUUGCGAUCUCUGGCUGGUGUAGUCCCUGUUUGGUUCAUUGGGUAAGACGAAUCAUACAUCAGCAGCAUACGCAUGUCAGAAGGGAUCGGACUGAACAUGCAUCAUACGACUAGGAUCAGCACAGCCGUGCCUAGUCUACGCAUUGAUCAUUAUGAUUAUGCAUUGACUGCGCCUUGAAUGUGCAUUGGAAGUAGCGUUCAUGAUCAUUGGCGUUCGUGUCUUGUGAGAUCAUCCCGAUGACAGUCGAGCGCGAGGCUUUGUGUGAGCCACUGAGAACAGAACGCCACGACAUCCGAGAGGCUUGAGCCAUACAUGACCAACGCCCCUCCUCAAUCGAUGCGGGUCGAAGUCCGUCUCACGUGACCGCCUCACUGUGUGUUGAGUCACGGCAAUCACGUCUCUUGUUUAGUGUAUGUGACCUGGCUACGGUGGUUUAGAAACCAAAAUAAACCGAAUAAAUUACACUAUAGUAAGCUAAAUCGUCCUCAUCUGGUUCAUCAUCAGAGGAAUCGCAGUCAUCUUCUCUACUUGUAGUUAUCGGGUUAUCUACGUGGUGUAGGAUAAGUCUACGCUGAGUGGCACUGCCGGUUAGUUUCGAAAGUGGGUCUGCCUUCAUCAAGUUGGUAGGACAGAGCACGAUCUUACUAGCAGCGUCGCGCACUCUUAGAUAACGUAAAGCAUAGCGUCUACUUUUAGGGCGAGCGUCUGUUGCUUUGGCUGUUGUGAUCGCAGACGGGUUGUCUAUCCACAAUGCAGCACUGUCUAAGGAGGGAGACAAGCCGUUCUGUGUGUGUACCAACUGAGUUGGAAGAGGCCUAUAGAAGUCUGUAAAGUCAUGCAUCUCACUGAGCACAAUCGUGUCAGAAGCUGCAAUAUACUCACUUUCAGCCGUUGAGUAGGCUCUAACCGUUUGUCUGUUACUCCUCCAUGCUAUGGGUGUACCUUUGUAAUACAUUAUGGAGCCACUUGUGCUUCUCAUUGUUUUGAUGCAGUUGGCGAAACCAGCAUCACUGGAUAUGUUUACUUCUGGCAUGUCUCUGCCUUCUGGUAGAAGUUUCUCAUGUAUUUUGUUGAAUUCUUCUUCCUUUUCUGGGGAGUAUUCUACUCCUUGGCCUUUUGUUGACACCAGGCAUUUUAGGACUUUCUGGGCUGCUUUGGCCAUUCUUGUUGACGUGGGUUUGCUGACAUGUCUAGCCAACGCUGCUACCGGAGCAGAGAUAUCCGGGCGCGCGGUUACAGCUACCCAUAGUAAGGCACCAACUACCUCACGAAAGGGAUACCCAUCAACUAUCUUGAUCCCGUCUUCAAGAAAAGUUGCUUCGUCAAAAUUGGGCGAGUAAACCGGUUUCCCUAGUUGAGCUUCAUACUUCUGAGCAAUUUUAUCGAUGUGCUGCUCCAUGCACAGUCUGAACGACUUAGCUUCACGGCCAUAGUACACGGCCGCACCUAAGAAGUCGAACUUUAGCCAUUCGAGGCCCCAGGGGGUUAGAAUUGGCUCGACUUCAAUCGCACGGCCUGGAGCACGUGUGAAAAUGAGGCCUAGCCUGGUCUUGAGCUCAUCUUGGUCGGGACCUGUAGCAAGAUUGUCAUCUACAUAGACAGACAUCUUCAGGAACUUCCCCGGUGCUUUGCUGCUCGGUUUGCGCCACAAUCCAGGUGCAGAAGUACACGGCUCCCAACCAAGACUGGCUAGAGUCUCGUGAUACCUCUUGGACCAUGCUCGUGGUGCGUCUUUCAAGCCGUAUAGAGCUUUCUUGAGCUUCACGAUCUCGCAUCCAUGCUGUUUCGCCCAGAUGGGUGGAAGACGGCAGUAGACAUCUCGAUCGAGUUCGGCAGUGAGGAACGCUGAAUCUAAAUCGAACGGGAUCGCGUAGUUUAGUCCCCCUCUGACGCAGCAGAAGUGAGGAGCAACCUAUUAGCAGCAUGUGACACCACGGGAGCAAAGGUGUUUAGCUCUCCUGAACGAUCUAAAUUACCGAGUACACAGGCCCUUGCCUUGUAUUUUCCACAUCUCUUUCUUGUUAGUAUGAUGGCAAUUGGUAGAGCCCGCAACGCGGUUGCUAGCUGCUCGUCAGUAGCUUCUUCCCACGUUUUAAAGGCUAGUAGUCUCGCGUGCUCAAUGUCAAUGACUUCCUUCCACUUUUCAGCUUCAGGACUCUUUAAUGCAUUGGCAACGGACAGUAUCACACGCGACUCGACGACUUCCUCGCCUUCGUCUAUCUCACACGUGCCACCAAUAGCACUUGCGAACAGCGCCAAGCUCUUUCUGAGUUCUUCCAUCUGUUUCUCUGUUCUACGAAUCCUUCCGCCAGCCUUGUCCUUGGCUCCUUUCGGUCGGCCACGCUUCUUGCCGUGUGUAUGGCGUUCGCCUGCCACAACACGUGCGGGAGAUAGCGCUUUCGAUUUGGUCGGACGAGGUGAGUCAGAGACUCGAUCCUUCGUUUCAACUUUCCCCUCCUCAAGUGAAACACCUUCAGAAGAGUCAGCCACGUCGGAUUCAGCCUUCUUGUCUAAGGUUUCAGCAUAUAGUUCGUCAGGAAUGCCGGUCGGUCCACCUGAGGCGCGCUCCGUGCCAGAGAACCCCGAUUGCUGAUCCAGCCUUUGCACUGACUGCCCAAUCAAGGGGGAGCCCAGCGACGACGCUCCACACUGCAAGUUUUCCAGUUCAUCGCACUCAUAGUAAAAGCCCUUUCUAUCUGGCGUUAGCCAGUCUAUGUCCUUUAUUAGGUAGUCCUCUCUGGACUUGACAUCUAGGGUAGAGUAUUCCGCCCAUCGAUAUCCAAGCUUGCAACGAUCGUCAUGGGCGAAAGUAGCAACCAACCAAGCAGACGACUUCGGACAGAGUCCAAGGAAGACGCCGCGGCGAUAUUUGGCCGAGGGAGAGCUUGGGUUCAGGAGUGUUGGCUUGAAUUUGUUCACGAAAGUAAACAAGACAACCAAAUCGGCGGAGCAUGCCGAUUUUGCUUUUGGAAGAAUUUCUACCAGUUCUUUCUUCUAGAAUCUCUAUUGGACCCUUUCCAUCGUGUUCUGGCGUUUUAGCAUAAUUAUGCGGAAGACGGUCCCAGCAGUCACUAGCGUACUCAACACAGUAACACCAAAGACGUCGGCCAACCUUCGUUAGCAUUGUUCUCACGCUGCCAAACAAGGCCCGCAUAAAACGUGCAGCAGUCCCAUUCAUUUCCGGACUAUAAGGAACAGCCGGACUGCCUGAGACCCGCAGCGAUUGCAUGAGUUUGGUCAUGUCAUUACUACCGAGGACUGGUUCUCCAUCCCUCCGGAUGAACCAUACUACCUUGUCAUCUAGCGAUAAGGAGUAGUCCUGUCGAAUGCCUUUUGUGACUUGUGCUAUUUCCUCCACACAGUCACUUUUAAGCUUCAGCGGUCGACAAAGCGCCUUCUUAAUUACGUCACAUAUGACAACUAGAACACAUCUCACAGAUCUCACUGAAACGGGUUUUAUUCCUACAGCAAAGUCUAUUGCAAGUAGUUUGAGGGGUUCGGGUUUGUAGGUGGUCACGUCUCUAGAGUUUGCGUGGGAUUUUCGUUGUCCUUUAUGUAGGUCACAUUCUGGGCAACUAACUUGUAAGCCAUCUAUGUGAAAGUGUCCAAAUCUCCUGUGUAGUUCUAAUCUCGUAAGAUAGCAACUAGGGACGCCUUCUUCAAUGGAUGCACAAGUGAAACCACUUUCGUGCUUGUUUUCAAAGAAACUACAUGCGAGCACGGGUAGCUGCAAGCGUGGGUGAGCUCUGAUGGGUAGCAUCUGGCCGGUGUCCGUGUGCACGAUACAACCGCCAGCGCCUUUGAAGUUGAGCUCCCACCUUAAUUGCGAGCAGUUUCCGUCUCCUAACCAUGGCAAUGUGCGAUCUAUGUUUCCAGGUAGAGAAUCGUAGUAAACUCCGUUCUUUAGUCCGAGUGCGUUGUUCUUGAGUUUUCCGACUUUUCCGUCUUUAGUACCUGCGCUACCUGUUAUUCUACAGAUGUUGUUACCAAUUUCAUCGAAAUCGUCUCUGUGUCGUGAAAGAUAUUUGUUUGCACAGCUACCCACUAGAGUUGCGUCUUCUGAUGUUCUAGUAUUCAAGGUUGUGAAACUAUAUCCAUCUGUAUUGUAACUGUCAGCAUGAUUAACAACAUUUGUCAUUAUUUCAUCUUCUUCGAAAUUCAGCGAACACUUCCCAAAUUCGUACGGUUCCGUCGCUCAGCCUCGGUUGUGCGAGCUCAUGACGUUGAGCAUCUCCGCAACCUGCGACAUGUGGACCAUGCCACUGCUAUUACCCUUUCCGCCUUUGCCUCUAGAGCUACUAGAUGAGGCUCCGGCAGUCCAGCUUCCCUGUCCCUGUUGAAGGGCUUGUGUGUUAUGCCAGCACUCGGAGGACUUGUGUCCGACCUUGUGGCAGCAAGCGCAGCGGGGUGGAUAGGUAUUCUUAUUAUUUCUUUUUCCUUUAUCUUUCUUCGGCUUUUGUCCGCCGUUCUUUCCUCCUUUGGGUUGGUACCCGUAGGAGUUGUAGACCUCGGCAAUUGCCUUCUUCUUUUCUUUCUGCUUGAAACGCUUGAGGGCGUUAGCGGAAAUGAAGGUCUUACCAUCUGCCUUAUUGGCCUCUACCUCGUCAUCAUCCUCAUUCUUAUCAUCACGAGGACGCUCGUUCGAGGUUUCCUGAACAUUGACCGGAAACGCUUUCCCGAAGGAGUCGUUCUCAAUUUUGUAGGUUCCCUCCUCGAUCAACGUUGUGAGACGUUUCUCAAGUCGGUCUCCAAUUUGGUCAAAUGUCUGGUCAUCUUUUUCUUGCAUCCGCUCGAUAGUCGCUUUGAAGUUCUUGCUGAACAACUCUGGCAACUUCAGCAGGAUCGCUCCGUUCUGUUGGUCAGCUUCGGGCAGAUCUGCAUCCGGCGGGAAGACGGUGGGCGAUUGGUUCAUGAUGUCGCGGAUCUUUGAGAGGAACUCCUUGACAUCUGCAGGCUGGUCGCUGUUGUGGAACUUCGUCAGUCCCUCCGACAACGGCUUGACCUUCGUGCGCUGCUCCUGGCGAUUGUUCGCGUUGAAGUUCCCUUGAUCAUGAAGUAGAGCAACAACUUCACCAGCAUCCAUUUCGUCCGCCGCGCCAUCGUUGUUCCGAUUGUCGGCGAACGACUUGGCCGCACCUUUCAGACUUGCUUCGCGUGGUUACGUCUUUCAGGUUGCGCCACUUCUGGCGGAUCGCUUCUUCGCGACUGGUAUUGCCUUGCGGUAUACCGUGUGGAACGGCCGGCACGUUGACUACAUUCGUGUAGUUCUCAAGUAAGCCUAGGCGACUAGCUUCUAACUUGACGCACAGCUCGUUGCCACUCGCGCCAGUCGGACUUCUGUCCCAACUUCUUGAGGAUCUCCUUGGCCUCGCAGGGCAUUUUGAUGGAUUUGUUUAUUUUUUUUACCACACUACUUCCAAGCUUAUUUACUUUCGCCGCUCAAGGGUUAGACCAGUGCUGGACCACAAGAACACAGGCCUCCGCGCCUUGGUUCGUUUCUCAGUGGAGACACAGAGUCAGAACCUUGAAUGCCAGCAAAUCUUGAUACUCUUGCCUGAGGCUUGCGAUCUCUGGCUGGUGUAGUCCCUGUUUGGUUCAUUGGGUAAGAUGAAUCAUACAUCAGCAGCGUACGCAUGUCAGAAGGGAUCGGACUGAACAUGCAUCAUACGACUAGGAUCAGUACAGCCGUGCCUAGUCUACGCAUUGAUCAUUAUGAUUAUGCGUUGAUUGUGCCUUGAAUGUGCAUUGGAAUUAGCAUUCAUGAUCAUUGACAUUCGUGUCUUGUGAGAUCAUCCCGAUGACAGUCGAGCGCGAGGCUUUGUGUGAGCCACUGAGAACAGAACGCCACGACAUCCGAGGGGCUUGAGCCAUACAUGACCAACAAUUUUUCAUUCUAUUAUUGUUUUUUCUUUCUAGAUAGAAUCCCUCCAGAUGGAUCCUCGAGCGAGACUUUCUCGCCCGCUUCUCUUUAUGUAGUCUCAGAUGGUACAGAUGUUGACUUAGUCUCUUAUUUUUUCGUACAAAACAAUACGAAGAUUAUUCAAUCAGGAUCAUUCUGAUCACGAUACAAACCAACGCUUACAAAACAAUCGAAAAGCAUUGCUGCAAUGUCUUUAUGAUUAUAUAGAUUUCUCUUUUUCUUUUUCUUCAGUAUCGCUGCCGGCAAGCCCCUUCGAUAAUGCACCAGUUCCGAAAGAAGAAGGAACUUUAGAAGCGCCGACCUUUGUAGUCACUGCUGAGGCCUCGCCUUGGAGAAGUCUGUUGCCGCAUGUUUUUAUGUGCGUAUCUCCCUAUGCCCUUUCUCCACGUGAAAGGGUGAGUGCAUAAGUGAAUGAGUCGACUUUUGCUUUUACGUGGUUUGGUCACUCUCACUUUGAUUGAAACUCUUGCUGCCUUAUCGAACAAAUAUCAAUAUGAGUAGAUUCAAAGUUUUUGGGGCACGACCACUCAGUUCCAAAAUUUAUUGGUUGCUUGACAACUUCAACUGAAGCGCGGUUUUUACGCAGCCAUUCAGUUCGCCUAUGUACUUAGUGGUUAUUAGGUAGAUAUAACUUCACGGCGUGGUAGGCUGUAGGUCCUAUUAGCUAGUCUAUUGAUCGGGAUCCGUUUAGAUUUAAUUACCACAGUUCUUGGGCAACUCUUUGGCAUCUCCUGGAAAGUCGCGCUCGGUUACACUAUUCUUUAACGUGUUUUGACAUGGAUGUCGAAGUAAUCCAAUAGCAAUGUCCGAUAUAUUUAUAGAUAUGUUACCCCAGUUCAUCUUGUACUAGUGCCACCAUAUUAUGAGUAAGUUAGUUGGUGUUCGAAUGGUACUAGAAGUUAAUUAUAAUUAGAGCGCUUUUUGCAAUUGCAGCAUCAGCAAGGGUAUAUGUAUAAUCUCUUUCAAGAAAUUAUAAAAACUCGCCGAUGCUUGAGUGAGAUGUAAUGUCCCCUGCUUCUGGCAUCUUUUUGCAUAGAGAAAGAUGAUCGAUUUGAAAUUUGUGCACGACCCAUCCUCCUUUCAUGAUUUGGAGAACACUGGGCGAAGCUCUCGGACGCAAAAAUCUGCCAGCAGAACGGGCAAAACGAAUUAUCAAAACAUGGAUAUGCACCAACAAGCCAGUUUAUGACACAGUGUCGAAGAACGCCGCCGGCGUCGAACGUUACUUCCAGGACCACC